UAAUCACGUAUGUUUUGCUUGAAAUGUUCAGUUGAGUUUAUUUUUUUUUAUCAUUGGUUAACAUUCGUACACAUAAUACCGAACUCAAUCAAACUUUCUUAAAGUUAGACGUUCAUCUCUCUACAGAAAGUUCUAAAACCUGUAUGAUAUCGGCUGUUGAGUUUUAAAACUUUAGACAAUGGAUCAUCACGCCGAAAAAAAGUUUGAUAUGGUAACACCAACUGUGGAAGAGUCCCAAGGUGCACAGCCUCAAAUACCAAAAGCAGAUGCUUUCACCGAGAUGACUUAUCCGUUAACUCAUCAGAUUCUAAAAACAUCUAUUAAGGCUCCGGAAGAAGUGUCGCAAUCUCAGACAGAGAUUCAACACGACAAUUCUGGUCGUUCCAAGACACAUCCUAUUGACAUUGAGGCGUUAAGUGACAGCCCUGUAUCUUUUCAUCAAGUUGAAAAACAUGUGGAAAAUGCUGACGCAUGUCGUGAAGUAGGUGGUGCCAUUAAAGAAAUCGAUUCCAUGAAUGAAGACAAUAAACCAGAUAGUGAAGCGGCUCUUAAAAUUAAUUCAUCAACUUGUCAGUCAUUAAUCUGUGACGAAAUUCAAACGGUAAUCAAAAACUAUCAACAAAGCCAACUGGAAAACUAUGUUGAUAGUGGUUCGAUGCAGAUGAUUAAUGGUUUAUUUGAGAAAGGCUUACAAUCGUUGGCUGAAAGUUGUCAGGAAUUUUUUUCUAUAUCUGACGAGGCGUUUAAGAAAAAAUCUACAGAAAUAAUUAAGGACAACUCUGCAUCUGAGGGGGAUUUCGGCGCUUUGAAACAGUCUGAGCAAUCUGAUUUAAUAAUUGAUAAAGUUUUAAAUAAGCAAUCUGAUGAAAACUGCAAUGAAAAAGUUGUAACUGUUCUUAACACGAAGGAUGAAGAGGAUCCUCAAUUGAACUCAAUUGAACCAAAAGAAACAAAUGGUUUGAAAAACGACCACGGUUCUCAAACUGUAAUAAACAAUGAUAUUGAGUUAAAUGAAUUUACUGAUGUUGCAGGCAGCUUAACCCGACUAAGACAUUAUGAAUCAACGUUUGAAAUAUCUAGAGUUGAUAAGACUAAUAAUAUAAUUGAACAUAAAUUGUUUAAGUCGGACGACUUAACACUUAUUCGAAAACUGGUAUUUGAUCUGCAUACUGGAGUCAGGCUAUUUCCCUAAAUAAUUCUUAUUAAUACAAAAUACUAUAGCAAAAUUAUUAAUGUACGUAUUUGCA